CAAAUAAAACACAGAGGUAUGCGUGUUUUUGCCAGAAUUGAAGUACACCUUCUGGAAUAAAAAAGGUGAUUCAUAAAUUUUCAUCUUUGCAUUCAGUUACUUUCUAGCGUUGGUCGCGAUAUCACGAAAUAAACGAGAUUUUACAGUGAAGUCUUACAGGAAAAUAAAAACUUUCUUAAAAUCACGAUAAUGGCUUCUUUACAAGACCCCACGCAAGCUCUGCCUUUCGAAGUUUCCUGUAUCAUAUUUUCCUUUGUUCCUGUCGAAGAUCUCGUUAAAAAAUGCGUCCUAGUGUGCAAAUAUUGGAAACAGAUAAGCGACGAUUAUACGACUUGGCGUCUUAAAUGUGAACGAAGCGAACGUUAUGUUAAGAAAUAUAUGGGAAACUAUGAACCGAACGACUGGAAAGAGUAUUACUUCAAAAAUCCAUACUCCAGAAAUCUUAUAAAGAACCCAAAUUUAAGCGACGCUUUUCCAAUAUUAAUAUGCCAAAAUAAUUCUACAGAGUUCGCCCAUUUUUUCUAAACUAAGUGAAGAGGAAUGGCGUACCCAGUUUGCACCAUGGGAAAUGCAAAGCAUUGGUGGUAGUGGUAUACAACUGGAGUUCCCACCUAUAGGGUGUCCCCCGGUACCAAAUGGAGAUGCAGGAUGCUUGGCAACGUCAUUUGGUGCCAUGAAGAGAUGUCAGGUUAUUGAUCUUCUUGCCGAAGGAGUGAAUGAAUACAUACUGGAUGAAGUGAAGAUUCCCAUUUAUGUUUGUGAAUGGUUCAACAGUCGCUAUGAUUGUGGUGUCAAAUACUUCAUGAAAGUUGCACUGAUGGACUGCAAGAGAAACAAGAUUCCUGGCUUCAAAAUUUCAUUUAAUGGUGAAAAAGGUGAUGACCAGAAUGAAUGGGACAAAUUUGAAUAUACAUUUAGGGAUUAUCCGUCAGGUGUUCGAUACAUUCAAUUUAAAGAUUAUGGUAAAGAUACGAAAUAUUGGGAAGGAUUUUAUGGAGCUAAACUGGCUGGGGCUACUGUGAGGUUUCUUUUGGAAUCAAUGUAGUGGAUAUCAGUUAAACAUCUAGAAUUUUACUAACUCCAGUGUGAAAAGGAGGUCAGUUUGAAUAAACGCGAGAAGACUGGGAAAGACAUUUUAUAAUUUUCGCUCAUACUUGUAAACUGAGAGGAAUUUUUGUAUAUUUCUUUAUUUAAUUGUAUUUUUGCAAAACAA